GGUACACGUGCAAACCUGGGCUAAAAACGACUCUAGUAUGCCUAAAUUUCGUCACUGCUUCCCUGGAAGCCCAUCGCUUCUCUGGUUAUUCCACUUCGAACAUCUUGUGAGAUGCCCAUGACUCAGCCUGUGCUAGGCAGACUUCACUCCACCUUGGCGGGGUUGACUUGACAAGCUAAAAUUCACUCGCCUACAUUAUAUGGUCACCAAACGAUCCCUCUGUUGUUUUCCCAAAAUAUUGCGCGGGAUUGAUGGUGGGAAAUUGACUACAUAUUUCAUUUUAAUCCUUUACGUUACGGGAAUUGCAUAGAUACGCCCUCGCGAUGACUUCGGAGAAACCUAACCCUCGUGUUGGCGUGGCGGCAAUCGUCUACGGCCAGGAUGGCAAGUUUGUCGCAGGCAAGCGCAUGGGGAGCCAUGGUGCAGGAACAUGGCAGCUGCCGGGUGGUCACCUGGAGCAUGGCGAGAGCGUCUUCUUCUGCGCCGAGCGGGAGGUGCUGGAGGAGACGGGCCUCAAGGUCCGGGGCGUCAAGAUCGUAUCUAUGACAAACGAUGUCUUCGAGGACGUGGGAAAGCACUACGUCACGCUGUUCGUGCGGUGCGAGAUGGUGGACCAGGCGGCCGAGCCUCAGGUGCUGGAGCCGAACAAGUGCGAGGGCUGGUACUGGAAGACAUGGGGGGAUCUGAAGCAGCUGCUCACCCAGCCGCAGGGCGAGCCGGCGUCGGCGUCGGGAUCAUCGCAGGGAGAUUCACUAUUCCUGCCCUUGGUGCAUCUUCUAGAGGAGACGCCAGACCUGGAUAGUCUGAGCCGGUGACUUGAGGACUCAAAUUUAGGACUCGGAUGGUGCAGGACCGAGGUGAGGCCCUGACUAGGGCGCAGGCCGAAACAUACACCCGGCCAAAUAAAGCGAGGACCGGAUGGAUCAUGGGUGGUAGGACGUGGUAGGCGAGAUCUAAUCGAAGCAAAGGGCCAAGCGCCGAGUUGGAGCAAAGAAAAGCAAAGUGAAGCAAAGAAAGGAAAAGUGACUACUCGCCGCCAGUG